CCGGUCCCGCCGAUGAACCGCGUCGUGGGCGCGCCGAAAGGCAACGUGGACGACUACCACGUCAUCGAGCUCGUCGGCGAGGGCAGCUUCGGAAAGGUGUACAAGGCGCGGAGAAAGUUCACCGGACAGAUCACGGCGAUGAAAUUCAUCGCCAAGCACGGCAAGACGGACAAGGACAUCAAGUCUCUGCGCCAAGAGAUCGAAAUCCUGCGCGGGUUAAAGCACGAUAACAUCAUCGCCAUGGUGGACGCGUUCGAGACGAAGAGCGAGUUCUGCGUCGUCACCGAGUUCGCGCAGGGCGAGCUGUUCGAGAUCUUAGAGGACGACCAGUGCCUCCCCGAGGAAGAAGUCCGAGCCAUCGCGCGGCAGCUCGUGAAAGCGCUGCAUUAUCUGCAUUCCAACAGGAUCAUCCACCGCGACAUGAAGCCGCAGAACAUCCUCAUCGGCGCGAGGAAGGUGGUCAAGCUGUGCGACUUUGGCUUCGCGCGCGCCAUGUCCUCGAACACCAUGGUGCUGACGUCCAUCAAAGGCACGCCGUUGUACAUGGCCCCGGAGCUCGUGCAAGAGCAGCCGUACAACCACACGGUCGACCUGUGGUCGUUAGGGGUGAUCCUGUACGAGCUGUUCGUCGGGCAGCCGCCGUUCUACACGAACAGCAUAUACUCGCUGAUACAGAAGAUCGUGCGGGAUCCGCUGAAGUGGCCGGAGAACAUAUCUCCGACGUUCAAGAGCUUUCUGAAGGCGCGUUCUCUUAUCACACUGGGGUUGCUCAACAAGAAGCCCGCGGAGCGUCUGACGUGGCCCGCGCUGUUGGACCACCCGUUCGUCAGGGACGGUCCCGGGCGUUGACGCCGCUGGUCGCCGCCGCCGCCGCGGGAGGCUUCGGCGCGGACCCGGCGCCGCCGGCGAAGACGCUCGUCGACGAGAAGCUGGUGAUCGCC